AUGACCGGCGACGUGAAGCACUGGGAAUCAGAGGCACUCUCCCUCAGGAGAGUCGCCUUCUUUGGCGUGGCCCUUUCCACCGUGGCCACCCUUAUCUGUGUGAUCUCCGUCCCAAUGCUUUACAACUAUAUGCAGCACAUGCAGUCGGUCAUGCAGAACGAGGUCGACUUCUGCAAAUCCCGCUCCGGAAACAUCUGGAGAGAAGUCACUCGCACUCAGGCACUUGCUGGAUCAACCAGGAAAGCCCGUCAGGCCGGAGGUGGAUGCUGCGGAUGUGGUGUCUCUCCAGCUGGACCACCCGGACCACCUGGACAGGACGGAGAGCCCGGAACAGACGCUGGAAACCCAGGAGGUAGAGGAACACCAGGAAAUCCUGGAUCUGACGGCCAGCCCGGAGGUCCUGGAAACCCAGGAGGUGCAGGUCCCCCUGGACCACCAGGACCACCUGGAGGCAAUGGUCAGCCCGGAAACCCAGGAGCUCCAGGAGCCCCAGGAACCCUCAACACUGUUCCCGGCACUCAAGGACCACCCGGACCACCAGGACCCCAAGGACCUCCUGGACCCGAUGGUCAACCAGGAAGCGCAGGAAACCCAGGACAAGAUGGUGGACCUGGACAACCUGGAGAUAAUGGUCAACCUGGAGCCCCAGGACAGCCCGGUGGCAAUGGAACUGACGGAGAUGAUGGAGACACUGGAGCCCCAGGAGGUUGCGACCACUGCCCACCUCCCCGCACUGCUCCAGGGUAUUGA